AUGUACGCGCCUGGCGGAAAGACUCCCGCGCAUUCCGCCUCCAGCGGGGACCUCUUCGGCGGAGAAACGCCCGCGCAUUCCGCCUCCGGUGGGGAUGUUCACGGCGGAAAGCCGUUCGCCAGCGGCGGAGACCUGCCCGCGCCGAUCAGCGCCGGGCUUUCGCGCGUCUUUGACUCCGCGCACUUCUCGCAAUCCGCGCGCCAUCACUCGCGGAGUCGGGUUCCGCGCAGGCCCCGCGGAGGCGGCGGAAGGGCGUCGGCGCGGCAGCUGACGGUGGCUGACGUCAUGCGCGAGCAUCCGGGGUAUUGCGUGGGAUCCAUGUCGUCGAAGCGCGCCGUGCUGCCGCGAGAUAAGGUGCUGCAUCCGGGAGGGACGUACUAUCUCUCUAAAACGGCUCUCGCGGAGCAAGGCGCGCAGGAAGGGCAGCGCGCGGAAGGAAAGGGCGCGGAAGGGAAGGCCGUUGAAGGGGAGAGCACGGAAACGGAGAGCGCGGAGGGGCAGCGCGCGAAGCAGCAGAGCGCGAAGCAGCGGGGCGUGCAAGCAGCUAACGAACCCGCAGGGCGCGGACUUCACGUAGGGGGAACAACAGCUUCAUCAAGCGCCAGCCCUGCGCGUGACGGGCUGGUGGAGGGAGGGGGAGACGCACAGGCGGAAGAAGAUCCGGGGGAAGCAGAUCACAGCCUGUUGGUUGAUAUCCUGGGGGAUUCCCAGCCUGAAAAUCUGCCACAGCUCAACACAGUCAAUGCAGUCAACUCGGUCAACCCGAACAAGGCAGAGCGUGAGCACUCACAACACGCCCAGAGCGAGGCUGCGGUGGAGAAUCAGGAGGUGGAGGGGGCACCAGGGAAGAGGGGAUUGAGAUGGGAAGAGGGGGAGAGAAGGGAGGAAGGGGCGGGAGGGGAGGAGGGGGUGGGGAGAGGGGGCGAUUGA